CCGCCAUCAAAGACCUUCCAGCGGGUCUAGAAUCGCUAUCAGCGCCUCUGCAACGUCCACUGAAUCGCCCCAAACAUGAGGCCCAGCAGCCAGUCACAAGACCCGUGGCAGCACGCCGGCUCUUGAAUGGUCCGUGCCUCCCGAUAUUCCCACGACAACGUUGCAUCUGGAGUAGAAAGAAAGAAGCAAGCGUCAUCGCCGAAUCGCAGCUUUAGAUAGCGCCGGCAGGGCGUCUAAUGCACUUUUUUUUGCCUUUUUUUUUCUUUUUUGGCUUCCUUAAUCAGUAUCUUUCGAGUUCCACGAUGACACAUCCGGAGCUUCCAGCAAAGACGCAGUCUAGUGGAGUUUGUUGUUGCAGUGAUUGAAAGUGACGAGGGAAUCUUCUGGACCAGAGCCUGAUGUGCUUUUAUAUUCCGCCAUGUACCCCACGAAGUCCUCUCGAGGUUGUUUUGUCUCUCGCUGCAGCCAAGAUACGCCACUGAGACUUUGUCUGUAACCAUAAAUCCAAAUCCCCCCCAGACUAAAGUUUCUUCGUCCGUUUGUUAGUGGCAAGCAAGUGGCAACGUUUUGGUUUCGCUGUCCGGUUCCGGAAAUCCACACCUCGGCGUCGUCCGCCCAACGGCCCUUUUAUAGGUUAUCUCGUUUGCCCGUUUGUCAACAACUUUGAGAUAUUCCCCAGGCCAAACACAAACAAAAAAAAAAAAGAAAAAGAAAAAAAAAAAUAUCCCUUUGUACAACCACAGCCGCAACCACAAUGGGCUCUUUGAGUAUCACCAUCAGCCUCCCAUUCUGGCACAUCAACGUUCCCGAAACGGAGCGGACGCCUCACUGCCCUCCCUUUCUCGUCGGCCUCAACCCGAAAGAUCUCCGGACCGUAUCAACACCAGACGCAGAGUAUCGCACCCAGUCGUGGGAGGAAGUCUCCUACCUCAUCCGCACAAACAACCUGGAGCGUUUCCAGCGCAUCCCCUCCAACCUGCGACGCUACAAAGCAUUCACCUACCGCCUGGGCAAGCUCCACGGCAGCAUCGCAAACUUCGUUCUGGGCCAACGUCUGCGCUGGGAACUGCCCGUCGUGCCUCGCGGCGCCCCAUUCCAGUACGAAGACGAUUACAAGAUCCUUCACAAUGACUGGCCCUAUGGACUUGAUCCCCGAAUCGUGCACUUGGUGGUCUGGACCAAGUUUGAGCUCAAGGCGGUGUCUGCCACUGGCGACCUGACGGACAAGGCGAGAAGGGAGAUUGACGACUUUGUGACCAAGACAUUCCGGUCCCGGGUGCCCUCAAACCAGGUCAUGUGGUUCAAAAACUGGGCUGCUCUCAAGUCGAUUCAUGCCGUAGAGCACUUCCACGUCAUGCUCUUCAACCCAGACCCCGACUUCAUCAAGGAAGUCACAAACGGCGAUGUGCCUCAGUGUGAAAAGGCCGACAUCUAGACGAAACGCGCCGUCGGAUGAUGAUUUGAUGAUGAUUUUACGAACUUCUUUUUCUUUUCUUUCGUUGAUUUUGCUCAGUCUUGCACGAUUUGGUGCUUUUUUUUUCUCUUGGUUUUAGAUUUCUAGAGGAGUCGAGUUACUUUUAGACUUUGGAGUUUUUUUUUCAUGCCCUUCGCUUUUAUACAGGAUAGAGGUUAUACGGACUUAUACAAAAUAGAUGGUUGAUAAACAACAUCGCGGGUAUAGAUUAUAGAUUAUGGCGCACAGCGGAACUGUAUGCUAUUUCAUCAGCAUAGACUUCAUUUUCAAUCAAUUUUAGAAGCUUUGAUACGUUAAAAUUCG